AGCAGGUAGCGGCUCCCGGGUACGGGAUCCUGAGGUACCCGCCUGUCCCGCUGCGCGGGAGCGGCCACCCACUCCCAGAGACAGUGCCCGGAGCCCAGAGCGUCCUCCUUCCUCCCCAGCACCGAAAUAAGGCGAGCCCCUUCCCCUCCCAUGCCCCCCCCCCCCCCGAGCUCCCGGUGCCUCCCCGUGCCCCCUGCCGACUCCAGGCCGCAGACGGAAGGAGCCGCCCCUUUCCCCCACCCGGGGCUCCGCGACACCCCUCUCCCCCGGCCCGGCCCGGCCCGGCCCGGCCCACCCCAGCCCCCGCUGGGCACGGCUGCUUGCUUCCUUCCUCUCCGCCCUCCCUCCCCUGCCGCCGCUCCCGGCUGCCCGAGGCGGCGCAGCGGCUCUGGCGCAGUCUCGCGACACUUCCCACAGCGCCUGAGCCGAGUCGCCCCGCUCUGUUCGGCUCCGCUCGCUCCGCCGGCAGCAGCAGCCGCCUGCGGCGUGGAGGGAUCCGGCUGCUCGCUUCUCGCACCCUCGCCGUGCCGAGUGCACGGCCAGUCCCGCGGCUCGGCAGCCUGCUCCUCUGGGCGCCGGAGCUCGGCCGCGCUCUCUCUCGGGCUGCUGUGCCGGGCGGCAGCAGGGACCCAGGUGGCUGGCAGGAGUCGAAAGCUGAGCCCUCUCUCUCGCUUCGUUUCCUUUUUUCGUUUUUUAAUACACACGAUACUUAUGCCGGGAGAAGUCGAGGUGCUGCUGCUAACAGGACGCGGAAUGCAGCCCGGCUGCAGCGAGUGCUGAGAGCGGCGGCCGCCGGAGGAGGGAGCGGCUCUGUCAGCAGCCUCUUCUUCCCGCGGCGGCUGCUCGGCUCGGGCUGUCUCUCACCCCCUUCGCCGUGGCAACCCGCCUCAAACUUUCAGCCUGUUUCCGCCGCCAGGCAAAGCCCAGCUCGACAUAAAUGGGAAAUAAAGAAGGACAUGAAGAAAGAAAAUACUGCCAACAAACCACCAGAGAAGCCUAUAAGUGAAAUUUCCAAUGGAAGCUCUUUACCACUGUCUGAGACAAUUAUUAGAACCAACAGAAAAGGAGAGAGAAACAGAAGAAGAAGAUGUCAGGUGGCUUUCAGUUACAUGCCUCAAAAUGAAGAUGAACUGGAGUUAAAAGUUGGUGACAUCAUUGAAGUUGUGGGAGAGGUGGAAGAGGGAUGGUGGGAAGGUAUACUCAAUGGAAAGACUGGAAUGUUUCCUUCCAACUUCAUUAAAGAGCUGUCUGAUUCUGAAGAUGCUGGAAUAGAAGAGCAAGUAAAACCGAGCUUAAAAGAUGCUGCGGGCUCUGAGAGUGAUGGUGGUGACUCUUGCAGCACAAAAUCAGAAGGAGCCAAUGGAGGCACGACAAUCCAACCCAAAAAGGUCAAGGGUGUUGGCUUUGGAGAUAUCUUCAAAGACAAACCUAUAAAGCUACGACCAAGGUCAAUAGAAGUUGAAAAUGACUUUCUCCCAGUAGAUAAGAGUGUUGGGAAGAAAUUACCUCCAGCCACAGCAACUCAGGAGCCAACAAAAAUAGAAGUGGACAGCAGAACAAAAACCAAGGAGUAUUGCAAAGUGAUAUUUCCAUAUGAAGCACAGAAUGAUGAUGAGCUCACAAUCCGAGAAGGCGAUGUCGUCACACUUAUCAGUAAGGAUUGCGUUGAUGUGGGAUGGUGGGAAGGAGAACUAAAUGGCAGACGAGGUGUGUUUCCAGAUAACUUUGUCAAGCUUCUUCCUUCUGAUUUUGAAAAAGAGAGACCGAAGAAACCACCACCUCCAGCAGCUCCUAUCAUCAAACAAGGAUCAGGUACUACAGAUCGAAAGCAUGAAAUCAAAAAGGUGCCUCCUGAAAGGCCAGAAUGUCUUCCUAAUCGAACAGAAGAAAGAGAAAGAUCAGAGAGAGAGCAAAAGCAGUUAGACUUGCAGAAGCCUUCAGUUCCUGCUAUACCUCCGAAGAAACCUCGGCCACCCAAAGCAAACUCUGUGAAUAGACCUGGUACCUUGCCCCCAAGACGACCAGAAAGACCAGCUGUGCCUGUGACUCAUACAAGGAGUGAUAGUCCAAAAGUGGAAUUAGUGGGCAGUACAGUAUCCGGCACUCUAGAGAAAGACUCCUCUGAAAGAAGCAAUGACAUCGACUUGGAAGGUUUUGACUCUGUAAUACCAAUUGCUGAGAAGCUUAAUCAUCCAACUACAACUAGACCAAAAGCUACUGGCAGGCGACCACCCUCCCAGUCUCUCACAUCUUCAUCCCUUUCAAGCCCUGAUUUCUUUGACUCCCCAAGUCCUGAAGAAGAGAAGGAGGAGCAUAUUUCCAUUACUCAGAAAACUAUUGAAGUGUCAAGGAAAUCAAGAACUGUUACAAUAUCACAAGUGUCUGAUAAUAAAAAUUCCUUGCCUCCAAAACCAGGAGUUUUGACUUCUGGCUGUAUUAUACAACCAUCACUAUCUCCUUCACCGUCACCUGGAUUUCACUCAAUUGCUAUGGGAACAAGCCACAGGCCGAAUUCCCCGUCCCUGUUCGGUACUGAAGGAAAGCCAAAGACUGAGUACUUGAGCCAAGGUCAGACUACCCUGGAGGAGCUGAGAACACAAAUUAAGGAGCUAAGAACCAUCAUUGAAACUAUGAAAGACCAGCAAAAAAAAGAAAUUAAACAGUUGCUAUCUGAGCUGGAUGAAGAAAAGAAGAUCCGUCUACGAUUGCAGAUGGAAGUUAAUGACAUAAAGAAAGCUCUUCAAUCAAAGUGAAUGCUUGAUAGGUGGAAUAUUGCAUUAUUCUUCAUGACUGAGACUCAAAUUUAUGCCCCAGCCAAAAUAACUUUGUGCCAAAUGAUUUAAGAAUUGCCUCAACAUCCCUUUAUCUGAAGGAUUAGCACAACAGUUUUUGAUAGCACAAUAAAACCACCAACAAUGAGGACAAAACUUCCACCUGAAGCAGUGCUGUGCAGCACUAGUCGUGACUGAAAUUGAUCCUCUUGUGCUAAAGGCUCUCUACUUCAAGAUCCUAGAUGAAAUGAAAACUCAGGCAGUUUAGUCCAUAGUGGUACUAUUUUGAUGAUAUUUUUCCAUAAAUAAAAUGUAUUUCAGAUUAUCUGUUUACAAGCUUUAUGAUUUUGACUUUUGGUUUCUAAUUGUCUUUUGUCACAGAUUUUAAAAUGUUUCUACUGCAUAUAGCCAGGAAUGAAUGUUAAUGUUGGGGCUGGAGGGAUUAUUUUUGCUUCAAGAUAGAACAGCCUACUUUUUGUUAUGGUUUUAAAGUUCUGUUAAAUAUGCAAUUUUAUGUCCCCAAAUCCAAUACAGUUUAAACUUACAUUGUGUACAGUAAUGUAUUUACAAGAAGGAAACAAACCAACAGAAAUCUGGUCUUUGCAAUGAUUUGUGCCUUUCUUUGCCACACACUGACUGGAGCCGGUCACAAGUCAGGUCUCCGUAAUGUAGCUACCACGACGACUCCUGUCCUUGGUGUCCGGCGGAGGACACCUUCUCAGUGUACAGCUGCUCAGUCAGGAGAGCCAGGUUUGUGCAAAGUGGCAGGGCAAAAGGGUGCAGCUGAAAGCAGCUUUGUCUUGAGCAGCUGUGGCUUUUUAGCUUUCCUGGCUUUGAUGGGCCCCUCCCUCAACUCGAAUGUUCAUCUCCGCUUGAUUUUCAUUAGAUGAUUUUAACGCCUGCGUCUGUCCCCAGUUUUGCACAGAGUGAACAGAAUAUGCAUUAUUAAAGCAAAAAUAAAUGAAAAUAAUCUAUAAAACGUGAAUAAAAAGUUGUAUUAUCUCAU